AUGGAAGAUUUGAGUGAGCUAAAUAAAUCAAGCAUAAAGAUGUUAUUGGACGAGAAUGAAGAAUAUAAGAGCGAAAGUAAUUUUAAUGUAAACGCAAAUGUACAUCAAAAAGUGGAAGAUCAUAUUGAAAACGAAUAUGAAUAUCAAAGCAAAGGAGAUCACAAUGAGGUGAAUGAAAGUGCAGAGGUUUCAAGUGACGAAAACGAGUACUAUGAGAAGGAAAAGGAAGAGAGUGGACAUUACGAGGAGCCAAAUGAUGGGUUUAGUGAUGCAAGUGAACGGGAAGAAGUAAAAGAGGAUGGAGUAGAAGAGGACGGAGUAGAAGCGGACGGAGCAGAAGAGGGAGGAGUAGAAGAAGAUGGAGUAGAAGAGAACGGAUCAGAAGAGGGAGGAGUAGAAGAGGAAGUAAAAGAUGAAUUAGAAGAAGAAGUAGAAGUAGAGGAAAAAGAAAAAGAGAAAGAAGAGGAUGAAAGAGAAAAGGACGUGAACGAGAAGGAAGAAGAAGAUACAGCUGAGCAAGAAGAUACAAUAGAAGUAGCUGAGCAAAAAGAAGAACAGAUAAUAGAAGCAGCUGAGCAAGAACAAGAACAGAAAGUAGAAGCAGAGGAGAUGGAAAUAGAAGAAGAGAAGUACGCAGAGGAAGAAGAAAAAGAAGACGAGAAUGACGAUAAAUACGUAGAGGUGGAAGAAAAAGAAUACGAGAAUGACGAUAAAUACGUAGAGGUGGAAGAGAAGGAAGACGAGAAUGACGAUAAAUACGUAGAGAUCGAAGAGAAGGAAGACGAGAUUAACGAUAAAUACGUAGAGGUGGAAGAGAAGGAAGACGAGAUUAACGAUAAAUACGUAGAGGUGGAAGAAAAAGAAGACGAGAAUGACGAUAAAUACGUAGAGGUGGAAGAAAAAGAAGACGAGAAUGACGAUAAAUACGUAGAGGUGGAAGAACAAUACGCAGAAGAAGCAUUCAGAGAUUUACACAGUAGAGUAACCAAUGCAGAUAAGGAUGACGAAAAUGUACAUCAUAGUAUUAGUUACGAAAAUUUAUGGAGCAACCAGAAAUUAAAUGUUAUGAGCUUCGAAAAUGUUGAAUAUAAUUAUGGAUAUAUGGGCGAAGAAAGAAUGGACAUAUGUAGUCCACUCCAUAAAGAAGGUAAAGGGAAAAAUGAACAGCUCAAUAAAAGUGUAAAUAAUGAAAAUUUAAAAUUUGAAAAUGGUAAAAACGAAAAUUUAAAAUUCGAAAAUUGUAAAAAGGAAAAUUUAGUAAUACAUCCGGCUGAUCAGAAAAUUAUUAACAUAAUUCAAGGUAAUAAUAAAAAGUUUACAUUCCCUUCCAUACACCCGACAGAUGUACAUAUAUCAGACAAAGAAAAGGAGAAUAUUUCUGUGUAUCAUAUCAAUCCAGAAAAUUUUAGUUAUAAAUUUAACAAUGGCUUAAAACCGUCUGAUGGUUAUUUAUUAAUUUAUCCCCAUGUGUCAAAUAAUUCCAUUCCCCCGAAAGUUAAAAAGAAAAAGCUCAGAUGUUGCUAG